UGUAUCAUUCGUUCUUUUCAUAUUCAAUUGAGAUUCCAAAAUCGGAAAAUGAAAAAACGGUUUGUUAUUUCCUUAUUCGUUUAUGAAUCUGAUACCAAAAACAAAUAACGGUUUAUUUUUUUGUAUUUUCGAUUUAUUGCUCAGAUCAAAAAUAGGAAAUUAAAUAACGGACCACGGAAAGAUUUUGAUUUUUGAUAUUUAAUUUGUCCGAUUUGUGUGAACCGGAAGUUAUUGUCUUCUUCGUGUGUUGCACUUCGAAGUUUACGUUAGCCUUGAAAACUGAGGAUGGAGAGUUUCAUCUUGUUCAGAGGAAGUAAACGGGUGACUGUAAAGGAAGACGACAUGACGACCGAAAAAAUCGGCAGGAUCUUCCAGGUACAUGGCCCCAGUCUCUACAUCACCGAUGACAGCAACGUAGCCCUAUUUCCUGGGCCUGAUGGCCACUUUAGCACUUUAGACCUCAUAGUAAGGGGGCAUUACGAGGUGCACGGCGAGAGUAUCAGCGUGGAGGACUCAUCUACCGGCAGUGUGCCAGUAACACACAACCCUACCCGCUUUUCCUUCCACCGCCCACCCAGCGCUGCUGCAGGUUCUGGUGCAAGGGCUUCUGCAAAUCCAAGAGCUACCCUGGCAAAAACAUUCCAAAGGAACAUCUUCAUCGCUGAACUUGUGAAUGGCAACUUGGAGACAAGCAAAACGCUGACUGUGCGUUUUUCAGAAUUUGAGGCUUCUGUUAUGGGCAUCCUCAGCAAAGUCAAUGAUGCUCUUGAAGAAGAGGAUUCACGCAUCCUCACUGACGGCCAGGGAAACAAAAUCUUGGACUCGGAAGGAACCAGAGGAUCAGCAUUUUGGAAGCAAAAUGCAAGGAAAGUUUUUGCUGUGCAGGAAGAACACUUCUUGCAAUUACAAGCUAGUAAAAAGAGGAGACUGAGUCGACGAGAAGAUACAGGCCUCGAAGGCGUUUUUGAUAGAAUUGAAGAGGUGGUCCUGGCAGCCCAGGGACUGCAAGAAGUGUCCACUACAAUGAAGGAGCUGAUGGAGUUUGCAAAUUCCAACCGCAGGACAACACUGUCCCUGACUGAGGCCCAAGCAGAAGCUAUUAGAGAUGCCUUUGCCUGUAUUGUCUGCAAAAGUCCAGUGGUUGAGCCCAUGGUUUCAUCGUGCUGCCAAAGCCUUGUUGGCUGUAGGAGCUGCAUUGAAGAGUGGCAGAGAAAUUCUGCCUUUUGCCCAAAGUGUCGAGCUGAUGGUUUUGGUGACAACAUUCAAAGACUAAACGGACUCUCUGAUGCAUUGGCUGCAUUGGGAAGCAUACUCUGGGAGUAAUACUGUACAGAAUGCAAUCAUGAGUAAUUGCAGUUUUACUGUUCUGUGUUGUCUACAGUUUAAGCAGUCUUUCAUGUACAUUUAGGUUUUUUUAAGUUUAUUUUAUGUUGGAUAUUUUCUUAAAUUGUUUGCAUUUGGAAACUCUUACUAUUCACAAAAGUGUAGUUUUUCUGCUUUGUGUUCUAUUUGUCCUUGAACAACAAGUCUACAGGUAAAGCACUCUUUCAUGUGUCUAGUUUAUAAGGUCUUUUUAGUUUUCAUACCCAUAUUUCAAUGAUGUGAAAGCUAAGUUACAAUCUCAAAUUUGCACUAUUUUAUGUUGUAUAUUUUUCAGAAUUUUAAAGUUAACAGUUUGAAUUAAGCAUAAAAAGUCUGCCCUUCUGGCAAUACUGGUGCAAUACUUUUUCAUUGUAUGCAAGAUUUUAUUUAACUAAAAAAGUUCAAUACAACAGAGUUUAAAGCAAA